AUGGCAGAGGACAUCGAUCCCACGCGGCCGUGCGAUGCAGCCAUCGGGGUAGUCUUCAACUGUCUUCAAGAUUUCAAGUCCCUUAGCAAAGAGGGGCUACGGGGGGUGGGAGUGCUCCCGGGGGUGAUCCUGCGCCAGUUGCACCUGCUCCGGACGAACUUCAGGGGCACGAUGGAGACGGCGCCUUUGGAAAAUGAUGCGAGCGAGCCAGCCAACCAGCGAGGCAAAGAGGCGGGGAAGCGCUUGGCCUGCAAGGCCUUGCUCAUGACAACAUUUCGCUGGCUUCGCUCCCAGAUUCCUGUGGCCGGCGUGGCCGUCCUCGCGAGCGUUAAUGCCUCACGUGGCAGUCAGUGCACCUCCUGUGAAAUUGAAUGCAAGCCACGAGUUAAUGCUGACCUGUUCAGAAACAAGCAGCAGCAUGCUGAGGACGAAGCCCCGGCCGCUUCGAGAUCGAGAACGCAGAGAUUUUCACGGUCCCGCUCUAGGUCACGCCGGCGGAGAUCACGAUCACCCAGGAGGAGAGAACGAGAAAGGCACAGAGAGCCUCAUCGAGGUCGUGAACGGCACCGCAGAUCGCGGUCGGCUUCGCGCUCCCGAGGAGCAGGAGGCGAACGUCGCCGUCGGCGCGAAAAGGUUGAAGAGAACCCUUUGGGCGACAAGGAGAUGCUCCUUGACAAUGUGGUUUCAUGCAGCCCCCACCCCAUCGACAUACGCGGUUGUUUCCAAGAUGGACGUCCGAUGCAAGAGCUCGUCGACAAGCUGGUCUUGGCCGAGGCUGACCCGCUCAGAGAUGACUUCCUGAAGCUCCGGUGCGUGAUCCACCAAGGACAAAUUAUCUGCUUGGAUGCGCGGCGACUUGCCUGCCUGCAAGAGUACGCCAGAAAAGUGCAGCGAGAGGUGACGAUUCGAGUGAACGUCAACGAAAGCUGGGACAAAGAUCCGAACGUCUCUAACUUCUUGAAGCACUACACGACUGUGGAUGGCGGACCUCCAAAAGUGAGAUGGAGGCAGCAACAGCACUAUGGCACCAAUGAUCGUGACGGUCGCCGCGACGACAACGACAGGGAACGGCGUCAGCCAAUUGGCCAAGGCCGCGGAAAGGGUGGCAAAGGACAGGGCAAGAAGGGCAAGAGGCGGAACCGCGACGGGAAGUCAGGUGGCGGCUGGAAGGGCCGAAAAAAUUGGAACUGGAAGCAAGGUGAUGAGAAGCAAAGCUAUGAUGGCGGUAACACUGCCGACGACGACAAGGACUCACGUCAGGGUGUUGAUGACACAAACGAGGAGAGCUGGAAUGACCCGAACUUCUUCGACGAAGAGGAUUUCGUGAGCAACACUCCAGCUCCAGCAGGUUCCGCGCAGAAGCAGAGCGAGGCAUUCCGUGGCGAGGUCGUUCCGCGACGAACCAAAUGGGACAAUGCUCCGAAAGCAAACGUGUCGGCUUUCGAUCCCGAGGCGCCUCCGCACAUCGGAGAAUUGCUGUAG